AUGUCCCCGUCACCAGAAAAGGCCACAAUGGUAGAUUUCCAAGGCGAUCACCCCCAAGACUGGCCCGCAACACAAAAAUGGAUCCUCAUGGCAACCAUCGCCGUACCACUAUUCCUAAUGCCAUUAUCAUCAACGAUCACAACACCAGCAGUCAACGAUAUCGCAACCGAGUUCCACAUCACAUCUACAAUCACCGGUCCCUUGGCUCUAUCAUUAUUCCUACUUACAUAUUCCAUGGGACCAAUCCUACUCGGUCCCCUCAGCGAGCUAUAUGGUCGAUGGCCGGUAUUACAAGCCGGGACACUCUUCUACCUUGCCUUCGACCUCGGUGCCGGGUUCUGCACAAGCAUGACACAGCUAUUGAUUUUCCGCUUGUUGAGUGGUGUAGGGGCGAGUGCAUCGCUAGCUGUCGGCGCAAGUAUAGUCGGAGACGUCUUCCGCAAAGAAGAGCGCGGACUCCCAGUUGCGCUGGUUAGUCUCGGUCCUGUACUAGGCUCAUGUCUCGGUCCCAUAGUAGGCGGGUUUAUAGCAGACUAUACCAGCUGGCGCUGGGCGUUCUGGUCUACGUCUCUAGCCGCAGGAGGAUUUCUAAUUCUGUGUUUCCUUGUCGGUCGGGAAACAUACGCGCCUGUCUUAUUACUCCGCAAGAAGGCGGAACUCAUUGCAGAAGCAAAGAGACAGGGAAAUUCUGAAGGCCGUGUCUGGAGAACACCAUUUGAGAAAGACGAGACGGUCGGCCAGCUGUAUCGACGUACCAUCUCGCGGUCUUUGUAUUUUCUCGCAACACAGCCCAUCAUCCAAGCUCUGGCUUGCUACUAUGGCUAUCUCUAUGGGAUACUUCUCGGAUCUCUGGACAACACGCACUGGGACGCUGCAUUACAUCGCGCCUUGUAUCGGGUACCUAUCGGAGCUCAGAUCUGUGCAUUCGUAACAGACCGAGUGUAUAGAUACCAAGUGUGCAGGAACGAUGGUGUCGGACGAGCCGAGUUUCGACUGCCGAUCAUGGUGCCUGCUUCUUUGUUGGUUCCGAUUGGGUUGGUAAUCUACGGCUGGAGUGCAGAGUACAAAACUCAUUGGAUUGUGCCUGAUAUUGGGAUUGCAUUGCCACUGAUGGGGGCCACGAUCAUCUUCCAGUGUUGCACUUCGUAUCUUCUGGAUACGUUUCCGGUGUAUGCGGCUAGUGCCAAUGGGGCUGUGUAUAUUGUAAGAGGGUUUACGGGCUUUGGAUUCCCGUUGUUUAGUCCGGAGAUGUAUGCGAAGCUUGGCUAUGGAUGGGGGAAUACUCUACUGGCACUCUUGGCCUUGGUAAUUGGGUGUCCUAUACCAUUCAUUCUGUGGAGAUACGGCGAAAGACUGAGGGCUGCGAGCAAUUUUGCAGAUCAAGCGAAAUAG